AUGCUACAAGGCACAUACCCAAUCCUUCCCGUGUUUCCUGCUGUGGGUGGGAAUGAGGGAGUGGGUGAGGUGGUGGAGGUUGGUUGGAAGGUCACCUCUCUGAGACCAGGAGACUGGGUCAUACCCUGGGAUGCUGGCUUUGGUACAUGGAGGACAGAGGCAGUGUGUGAGGCUGAUGACCUUCUCCAGGUCCCCAAGGACAUCCCUCUGCUGGGGGCUGCUACCAUCGGGGUGAACCCCUGCACUGCCUACAGGAUGCUGCAGGACUUUGUUACACUCAAACCAGGGGCCACUGUGAUACAGAAUGGAUCCAACAGUGCAGUGGGUCAGGCUGUCAUUCAAAUAGCUGCUGCCUUGGGGGUGAAGACCAUCAACAUCAUCAGAGACAGACCCAAUCGGCAAGAGUUGGAGGAGGAACUAAAAUUGAUGGGAGCUGAUUUUGUUAUUACUGAAGAAGAGCUGCAAUGUCUGGGUCUGGAUAACCUAAUUCAGGAGCUCCCAAAGCCCAUCCUGGGUUUAAACUGUGUGGGAGGCCGGAGUGGUGGACUUGUCCUCUCUAGUCUUUGUGAUGGGGCAACAUUAGUGACAUAUGGUGGGAUGGCCAAAAAGCCUCUUCAGAUUCCAGCUAAAUCACUCAUUUUUAAGAACAUCACAUUACAAGGAUUCUGGAUGACGCAGUGGAAAAGAAACAACAGUCAAGAUGUGAUGCAGCUACAGACCAUGGUGACCUCUGUGUGUGGCCUAAUGAAGUCUGGCCAGCUCCAGCCACCUCAGUGUGUCCAAGUUCCCUUCCACCACUACAGCCAAGCCAUCCAGGCCACCAUACAGGCCCAUCAAAGGAAACAUGUACUACUCAUGUAGUCACAAGCAAAACAAAACACAGUAUCUUCCUUCAGGAAAACUUUUUAUUUUGCUUUCUUUUAUUGUCAUUUUUAAUUUAUUAUGUCUGUUGCACUAUACCAAAUAAGCGCACACACACCAAAAAGGCGCAAUUACACAUUUAUUUACAAAAUGUUUAGUGGUCAUUUUAGAAGCCGUAGAACAUACAGUAUACAACAACAAAAGGGACAUCUUUCAACAGUCAUAUUUACAAUAUAAA